GGUACUGCUGCAGGAACUCUUGUGGCUCUUCCGGUUGGUGUAGCCAAUCUGAGUGCAGAGAAGCGGGGCUGUCCGAGAGGAGUGGAGGGUUCACCUAGAGUCGCUGCCGCUGCUAGUGCUGCGGUAGGGGCACGUAGGGCAGGGGGCGGCCUAGGCCGCAGUUGCAACUAUGGCUCAAAGCAGAAAUGAUGGAAACCCGUUCGCCGAGGGCGGUGAACUUGACAACCCUUUUCAGGACCCAGCUGUGAUCCAGCACAGACCCAGCCAGCAGUAUGCCACACUUGACGUCUACAACCCUUUUGAGGCCCAAGAGCCACCACCAGCCUAUGAGCCUCCUGCCCCUGCCCCUGCCCCGUUGCCUCCACCGUCAGCUCCCUCCCAGUCCUCCAGAAAGCUCAGCCCCACAGAACCCAAGAACUAUGGCUCGUACAGCACCCAGGCUUCAGCUGCAGCAGCCAGAGCAGAGCUGCUAAAGAAACAGGAGGAGCUCAACAAGAAGGCAGAGGAGCUGGACCGAAGAGAGCGAGAGCUGCAGCAUGCUGCCCUGGGGGGCACAUCUACUCGACAGAACAAUUGGCCCCCUCUGCCUUCUUUUUGCCCAGUUCAACCCUGCUUUUUCCAGGACAUCUCCAUGGAGAUCCCACAAGAAUUUCAGAAGACAGUGUCUACCAUGUACUACCUCUGGAUGUGCAGCACUCUGGCUCUUCUCCUGAAUUUCCUCGCCUGCCUUGCCAGCUUCUGUGUGGACUCCGGCAAUGGCUCGGGCUUCGGGCUCUCUGUUCUCUGGGUCCUCCUUUUCACUCCCUGCUCCUUCGUCUGCUGGUACCGCCCCAUGUAUAAGGCCUUCCGGAGUGACAGUUCAUUCAAUUUCUUCGUUUUCUUCUUCAUUUUCUUCGCUCAGGAUGUGCUCUUUGUCCUCCAGGCCAUUGGCAUCCCAGGUUGGGGGUUCAGUGGCUGGAUCUCUGCUCUGGUGGUGCUGAAGGCCAACACGGUUGUAGCUGUGCUUAUGCUGCUGGUCGCUCUGUUCUUCACUGGCAUAGCAGUUCUGGGGAUUGUGAUGCUAAAGCGGAUCCACUCCUUGUACCGCCGCACAGGUGCCAGCUUUCAGAAAGCCCAGCAAGAAUUUGCUGCGGGUGUUUUCUCUAACCCUGCGGUGCGAACCGCAGCUGCCAAUGCAGCCGCUGGGGCUGCUGAAAAUGCCUUCCGGGCCCCAUGACCCCUGACUGGGAUGCCCUUGCCCUGCCACUUGAGGGGACUGACCUAGCCCCCAACCCUGAGGUCUCUGGGACAUGGUGAGACAUUACUAUUUGAUGUCUCCUCUUUAGUGCUCCCCAACCCCACAGCUGUGACUGCUGAACCUGACUUAAAGGGGUGGGGAGCCCGCUGCUCCACCUACCCUCCUACUGCUCAGUCAGGCCACAAUGCUGCCACCCGUCACACACCCCAACCAAGCUUUCUUCUGCUGUGCCAAGGCUGUUGCUUCGGUUAUUUAAAUAAAAAGAAAGUGGAACUGGAA